AUGCGUUUUUUGGUUCACUUCGUCCUCCUGAUGAUACCUCUUCAUCAGGGAGUCGACACGACCCAAGUGGAAAUUCAACAUGGAAUCCGUAGCUUUGAGCCGGUUAGAACUAUUGAAAUUGGCCAGCAGGAAUCCAGUCGGGCGACGGGAUCGAUAGAUAAAGUGCAAGAUACCCUGAAACUGACAGAUACCUUGGAGGAGACCUCCUUGGCCAAGAAGUAUUCAACAGAAGCCAGGCUGGCCGCUGCCGAGCUGCACGAAGAGGAAGCACUUGCCAGAGAAUGCCUAAGGGAACAACUUAGAACAGCCGGCUAUCGAUCCCGGACGGCCCAUCAGAAUCGAUUGGCAAAGCGCUCGGCCGAUAAGUGCGCCAAGUUUCGGACCCCCAGACAUAAGCUUAUGUGGUGGGCCUUCAGACAUCAACUCCGUCGUGCCGGGUACGAGAUCCGAAAGCUCUUUUGGCGGUUCAUGGCGUGGUGCGGAAAGAGAGGGGCAGCCUGGAAACUGUUCAUGAUCAAGCUCCGUUGGGCCUGUUGCCGCAAGUGUAAGCAGCUUGAUCCGAGAUAUCUAAACAUCCUCGCACCUCUUGUAGGAUGUAAUCAUUCCCUUUUCCUUCUCAAACCUUUUCUCAUCUCACCACUACAUACAAUCAUGCCUGGCCGCUGGAAACCUAUCUGA